UAUCGCAUUGACGUAAUUUGUUCGCAGUCGAAAAUGCGAAGUGACUUAUGUUUCAUCCUCUUGGAAUUCUCCUUUCCCGAUAAGAAAACGGCAGAAGAUGAGAAAGAAAGAAAAGAGAGAGAGAGAGUGACCAACACAUCGUAUCGAGUCGUCGUCAAGCCUUCGUGCCAAAGGCAAAUAUAUGGUAGUCAACCUCGAUACGCCUUCGCCAAUGAUAAGAUAAAGAAUUGUUUGAAAUACUACAUUCCGUAUGUAUUGGAUCUCGUGAGAAGCCAGACGGAAGCACGAUCAAAUCGAGGAGAAAGGCGAGCAAAAAUCGAGGCUCCAUGCUGGCUGCCACGGCGAGCUGCUAAGCGGUGCGGCGGGCAGGCAGCAAGCAGUCAGACAUCCACAGCAGACAACAUGGCGCCGAGAGCGUCGUCGUCACGCCGGCGUGACGUUUCCCGCGCGCGUCAUUAACGGAAGUGAGCCCACAAAAUGGCGGAGUUUUACGGCGCUGAGGUGUGAAAGGGAAGAGAGAAAGGAGAAGACGGGGAGGGUGACUAUGCCUGCGGGCAGUUAGACAGGCGAGCGAAGCAGGAUGAGAAGAGAUCCGUAGAAAGAGAGAAGGUUAGGUUGGUGGCACAGAGAAAGAAGAAUGACUAGUAGCCGCCUUUGGCGGUGGACUAGCGCCCAUACUGUACGAAUGAGGCAACAGGGUAUCGAGGGGGUACUCAUAAGAUAGAAAGAGGGAGUGCGACAAAGGCGAUACGUUGAACGCAGAGAGCGCUAAACGAAGUAACGAGUGAGUGGGGAUACACAGAGGAGAGGCCGAGAGCGCAAGGAGAGAGGCUCAAGGGAAUGUGAGAGUGAGAGACGAUGAUGGAACGGAGGGGAAAGACCAGUGGGAGCAGCGGCAGUUCUCGUCGGUAGAGGGGAUGAAAAUUAGUUACGGCAUCCAAGACCUAAAAGGAACUCCGGCGCCGCACGGUCAGAUCGCAUCGUGCAAUGUUAAGCGUUAAGGUAGCCCCGUGCGUUGUUGACAGUGCCGGUUUCGAACUUCGUAGUAGUUGUUAUCUGCGUUGUCGUUAUACUCGAACUUGUUCUUGUAGUCGAUGUGACAGCUAUUGCCACGGGUGCGAGAAAAAUAAAGUGCGUGUAAUAUUUUAGAUAUAAACCCAUGACCUAUGACGUGAGUGAAGUGCUCAGUGAGGAUAGUUCAGUGAAAAUGAUUCACUCAAAGCACCAACAAUUAGUGCACCAACAACAUCAACAGCAGAACAUGCGCAAAUCUGUGGGCGUUAUGGGUACUAGACGUAUUUUCACAACAGCCUUUAAAAUUAAAGUUCUGGAUUCCUAUAGACACGAUAAAGAUUGUCGUCAGAAUCAGCGUGCCACUGCGAGGAAAUAUAACAUUCAUCGUCGUCAAAUACAAAAAUGGUUACAAUGUGAGGAGCAACUCAGAAAUAGCGUUGAAAACGGGAAUACUGUAACCGCCUCAUCAGCGACUAUUUCUUCUGCUGGUAUUUCGAAAUCGGAUGGUACUGUGACGGAAGCUACAGCAACUGCCGUGACUCCAGCAGCGCCGGCCUUGAACCUCAACCUCGCCAGACAGCACGGCGACGAGCUGACUACACAGCAAGGGCCCCCACCUCUUCCUCCGCAUGGUAGUGCACCCUCCUCGCCCCAAUAUAGCCUUCAGACUACUACUACUGGCACAACUUUGCCCCUAUGUGUCACAUCUGUGGGCUAUCAGGAAUAUUCAUCCGAACAACAACGUCUCCGUCUGGAGCUCGAAGAUAGACUUCAUGUAUCAGAGAUUCAGAGAUACUCAGAUACACAAAUGGAUCAGGAUCGAAAUUACUACGUAUUGAACGAAGAUGGACAGCGAGAUACAGAAACAGCGUCGGUAUUUGGCGGUAAAAACGAGAUAAAGGUAUAUCAAACUUUAACAAGUUACCAUUCGCCGCAUCAGGAACAUCGAUACGGCAUAAAUGAUAUCAGCAGUAAUGCACGUAAUCAUUCGCCAAAUUAUCAUUCGCAACAGCGUGAACAAAGUUAUGAGAAUGUCGAUUCAUUCGAUGGUAGAUCGUACGGUUUGCUGCUAGCGCCGUCGAUGAUAAAGACAGAGCCAGCGAGCCCAGACACAGCGGCGACGCCAGGGCCGUACGAACCGACAAGUUCCCCCGAUGGCCAACAGGCCCCACUCUCGCCAGUAUCACAUCGAGUUACCGAUAGCGGCAGCUCCUCGUCCGUUCACUUUGUUGACUCCUCACGAACCCCCGCGAGCCCGUACUUGCACACACAUGAGCACGCACACGCAUGCUCACCACUGAAUUCCGAGAAACCGAUCCCGUCGCUUUUGCACCAACAGGAGAGAGAGUCGGAGGAGACGACGCUAUACAACGAAGAAAAAAGAGAAGAAGAAAUACUGGACAAGGUAGAAUGUUGCAGAACGGUAGUCAAAGAAGAAGUACAUUUGGAUGAAGAAGAAACAUAUAACGUAGGCGAAGAAGCUACUGCAUCUUCGUGCAUUGAUUAUCAACGACCUGUCGGCAGGUCGUUAGUCAAUAGUUCAGGACCGAUAAGCCCUAUAUAUGAUCGUAACGGUUACUCCUUACCUUCAAGUCCUCGUGAUUCUGUCAGUGCUGGUAGAUCCAGAAGUAGCUGGUCGGAUAGCGAAAUGGAUCCUCUCGCUCCAGCUAAUAGCCGGAAUUUAUCCGGCAAUUUCACUCGUAGACGAUCUUUUCCCUUACGUUUUAAACUUGAUGUUCUCGAUGCUUUUCAUCAAGACAAGGAAGUAAAGGAAAAUCAACGAGCCACUGCGAGAAAAUUCAACAUAAAUCGUCGACAGGUACAGAAAUGGUUGGAACAGGAGGCGGAACUUAGAGAUGAAAUUGCUCUUCGAGGAGAUUUGCGUCAAAGAUUGGGCCCUAUUCAAGAUGUUGCUUCCGGUGAGUCACCAUUAGAUUUGUCAACUGCGAAUUGCGUUUCGCUAUUGCGUGAUCGACUAGAGAUGGAACAUGAACGAUUGCCGCCACACUUUUAUCGCUGCAAUGGCAUUGGUUCUGUUUCCUCUCAACAUCCUCUUCAUCAUCAACACUCUGCUGGAAUAGAAUCUUCUGAGAUGGAACCUGCUGGAUCUUGCAAUUUUUCUUGCUCUGCAGACAGCCAUACUACAUCAACAACAUCCUCCUAUCAGGAAUUAUCUUUGAAAGAAUCCUGCUACACGGAGUCUUCAAUUAAAGCAUAUUGUCAUUCGCCAAGAGCAAAUUCCGAAGUUUCUAAUCUUUCUGAAGGAUGCGAGCAAAGAUAUUCACCCCUGAAGAGACAGCAUUGUAUGAUUUCUUGCUGUUACGAUGCGAUGCCAUCACCGAAAAGAUAUUUCUGCGACAGACUUCCGGAUGUAGAUGACUCUUAUGAUGCACCUCCUCAAGAUACGCCUCUUUGUCUUGUGAAACCAAAAUUGACUCGACAAGUUUCUCCUUCACGAACGGAAUUGAUUACAAUACCAAUCAGUACUGUACCAACUUCGAAUAAUCCGGAUGCCAUCACUUUUAAGCCUUAUUUGGAUAACCCUGUGAGUAAACCUGCGAAGAAGUGCGCAGUUCAGCGUGAUGCAUCUCCUGUCAGUAACCAUAACAUCAACAACAAUAAUAAUAAUAACAACAACAAUUGUCAGAUUAUUUGUAACUUUAACGAAAGUCAAAAUCACAACUAUGAUUUCGAGCUUAAUCUGCGAGUGCCGGUUUCUUGGAGGCCUGAUGUAAGCCUGUAUACAGGAUUCCCGCAGGGGAACGCAUUUGUCAGCGUGUCCUCACUUUACAUGUAACUUUCUUCUCUCUAUUUUAAUCAAAUGCGGAUAAAAAAAAAUCACAAAAACAUAUGAAAAGACUAGUAAUCAUUCACUCAUGUUUCUUUUAAUUUAUUUUAAAUAGAUACAUUUCUUAAACGUAAAAAAAAAAUAAUGCGUUCAUUAGUUUGGAGAUGUAAAAAUCAGACCUGUAGGCUUCUCGAAUGCGAAUUUGCAAGCGAAAGAUUGAUUGGUACGUGAUCUACUACACGUAGCGGACCACGUAAGCACUUAUCGUUUCCACGGAUCGUCGGUAACGCGUUAUACAUCGCGAUAAAGUUUUAAUCGGCCAUUGGAAGAACCGAGGCGUGGAAGGAGAUACAUGGUCGCGUCCUCGGUUGGCGUCUUCUUCCAACUCCACCAAACUUGCUUGACCCGUUUCCCCUCCGUUGUCCUAUCUUACUCUACGAAAAAUCGCGCAGAUAUCCCGGCAGAUUUUUUCAUGAGUUUAUCGUCAAGAUUAAAGCUGAUUAUCGGCUAGGCCGUUUAGAGGUCGAAUGCAUUUGCUAUAAUUACGGAAUUAUGUCAGCAUAGUCAUUGCAUCGAAGAAAAGCAUAGGAAAAGAAAUGUUUGGGCCAAAGUACCAUUCACAUAUAAAACGUAUUAAAUUGUCCUUGCAGCAUAAUGUGUAACAUAUAGAAAUGAGCAUUACGUUUUCACAGAUUUAUUAUUGAAGAAAAAAAUUUUAAUUGAUAUUUUAAUGCAAAAUAUUUUUAAUGAAUAUGCUUAGCAAAUUGUAUUUAAUUUUUUAUCUCGAUAUUACAUAUUCUGCUGCGAAUGCAUUGUGUGUCAGAUAACAAAAAUUAUUUUAGGGCAUGUUUUUUACAUUUUUCCUAUAUUCUGCGGAAAACUAUCCGUCGGCGAUUAAUUGCGCGAUUUCUUGGUAGUACGAUAUGACGCGACAUGGUUUUCCACGAACUAAUCGUGCGAUCGCAUUCAUUGUCGGUUGCGAAUAUGCAAUCAAUCUACAGAAAUCAUUUAAUUGCUCAAACAGUUUCUUCCAUGUGCGCACACGCGUAUCAUAUUAGAAUUACAAUGCGAUUGUUAUCAUCCAUUUUUCAUUCUUUGACAAUUGUUAUCUAUUUCAUGCUUUCACUUUUUUAUUGUUUGCUCUUAAAUGAUCAGUCUGUAAAUAUGUAAAUAUUGAAAAAAUAGAGAAGAAAUAUAACAUUAGCCACCACAAUAGAGGUUUUUACGGCGCAUUUGGUGGAAAUGUAUUAUAGUGUUAUUUAAAAAAAUUUAGUUUAAUCAUUGUCUUGAUUUGGAAAAAAUAAACUAUUUUUAUACAAUCCCGCUUAAAAAUAAUAAAAAAAUAAAAAAUAAUAAAAAAGCAUGAGAAAAGACGGGAACUUGAGAUAAACUACUUCCACAGAGACUACUUCUCAUGUCUUUUUUUGGUCAAUAUAAGACGAAAUGUUUUUAAUGUAUGACGCAUAUAUAUUAAUACGAGUGUAAUAGUAAAUAAAUUAAUAUUUUCAGAAAAUUAUUAAAUUCAUUAGAAGGCGAAAGAAUCAUCUCGCUGUGCAUCUUGCUUUCAGCGAAUUAAUUUGCCAAAUGACAACAAAAACAUUCUAUAAUAAUUUAUCCAAUUGUUAAAAUGUUUAAAAACGGAAAUAAGUACGCAAGGGGUGUUAUUGCAUAUUUGUCAAACGCAAAAUGUAUUGAUAGUUACUAUUAAUUAGUUCGCUAGUUGACGAUAAAAUCAGAUGUUAAGCGGGGUGAGCAGAAAGAUUUAAAAAGACACAUGAGAACGGCUCUGAAAGAAAACUAUGUGCCUUAUGUAAUAUAUUCAUAUUAGAAUUAUGUAUGCACGCAUAAAUUGUGCCUCGGAGCUUGGUCACAAGAUAAGAUAUACAAAAUGUACAAGGAAUAUAGAAAAUGUAUAAUAAUGAAUAUUGUAAUAAUAUUGUUUAGAAUAGAUUUA